UAUAUUUAUUUACUUCCGGGGAAGCGUCCUCUGCUUCGGUUAGUUUAGUGUCUGGUUUGUAGUCAUGUUAACCGGCAAAAGCAGCGGUUUUGAGCGCUAGUUAGCAAAGCAGUACGAGGAACAAAUCCGCUGUGAUUCGAAGUCUGCAGGAAUGGCGGGCAGGAGCAAUGGUGUGGACUGGGUCGAGACAACAGAGGAGGUGGUUGUAAUGGAGGAGUGUCUACCACCUGAUGACAACACUCAUACAGUGAUACCGGUGUUAGAACCAGCAGAAACACCAAUCCAGAAGUUAUUGGACACUGUGGGGAGGGGAGAAAACCCAGAGGCUGGUGAUGGAUUUUAUUGUGAGGAGUGUCUGACUCUCUUCCAGGACCAGAGUGAUCCGGCUAACAUUAGUGGCCCAUCUUUUAUUCUUGACUUUCCAACAAGCAUGGGUGUCUCCCAGAGGGCCCUCCUCACGCUUCCCUAUGGUCUGAUGAUAGGCAGAUCUAGUAUACCCAGGGCAGGUGUAGGGGUAAUAAAUCAUGGACCAGUAGUGUCUCCAGGAAUGCAUUUUGGUCCGUUUGAGGGCGAAGUGACAACAAGCGAAAAUGCCAUGGCGAGUAACUUCUCUUGGGAGAUUUACAAAGAAAAAGAUGAGUAUGAGUACAUUGAUGCUGCCAGGGAAUCACACUCAAACUGGAUGAGGUAUGUCAACUGUGCUCGCAAUAAAGACGAGACAAAUUUGCUGGCAGUCCAGUACAAAGGCAGCAUACUCUUUCACUGCUGUCGGCCCAUACAACCUGGAGAUGAGCUCAUGGUGUGGCCCAGCAGCAAGCUUCUCACCCAUUUUAGUGAAGCCUGGACCCAGAUGUGGUUUAUGAAGUUGAAUUCAGCAGAGAGUAAUACAGCUGCAACAUCUCAGAUCUUCCUGUGCUCCCACUGUCAGCUUUCCUUCACUACAGAGGCCUUUCUCCAGCGACAUACAGAAUACUUCCACGCACAGCCAGCAGAGGACAGUGCACCUGCAGCUGAGGUAGCUGAAUCUGAAAAUCCCUCUUCCAACGCUGACUCAGGUCACUCUGUAGCAUCUUUGGUGGUAUUAUCUGUCGAUCCCGUCGAGUCCAAAACAUGCAGCGAUUGCGGGAAGGUUUUCAAGCAAAUGCCUCACCUCAGGAGGCACAGAUUAUCUGUUCACUCAAACAAGCGCCCCUACUGCUGCCCACAGUGCAGGCGAACUUUUAGCCAGGCGUCGGGCUUAAUCAGACACCAGUUAGUUCACAGAAAGCAGGCUGCGCUGAAAGUUUCUAAGCAGAACAGAAUCCUCAGUGAGGAGAAAGAGAAUUCGACACAGGGGUCAGAACUUGUCAAGACUGCAGAUGCAGCUGUUAAUGAUGAAACAAAGGAAACAAAUGUGAGUAAGAAUCUACAAGAAACUGUGGAUGUAACUGAGAAUACUCCUGCAGGAGAAGCAGAAAUGUCCCAGUCUGCUUGUUCAGACUGUGGAAAGAGCUUCACAAAUGAAGCUUCCCUCAAAAAGCACAAGGUGACUGUCCAUGAGAGGUUACGUCCCUAUGCCUGCACUGUGUGUCAGAAGUGCUUUGGCCAGUACAAUGACCUGACCAGGCACCUGCGGUGUCACCAAAGAGAAAACAAAAACAAAGAAAAAGUAAAUCAGGCUCCAGAGGAACCAAACACCAUGCCCUUUAGCUGUGCUGAGUGUUCACUGACUUUUUCUUCAGUGGAUACCCUUCAGCAGCACAUCAGUGAGCAUCACUCAGAGGAUACCGCCAUGGAAAAUCAAGAUGGCGAUCCAGUGCCUGCUGAUGACGAUCAAAGUGACCCUGACUUCGUUCCACAACCCUCAGCGGCCGAAGAAGCUGAAUCAGUCCAAAAACAUCCCACUCAGAGGCCUCAGCGACUUGGAGCUAGAUCUAGAAUUUCUGCCAUAACCAAGCUCAUUGCUCCGAAACGAAGGGCAGACGUCUGUAAGAAGCCAUUAAGCAGCCCUGCUCAGACUGAGCAGAGUGGCACUGAACCAGAGGCGCCCGCUGUCAAAAAUGGAAAGUUAGCUAAAUACAAAUGGUUCAGCUGUAAUCGCUGUAAACGAACAUAUGGAAACCCAGAUGAUCUCAAAACACACAAGUGCGCUUUGAGACAGCACAAGUGUGGUCAGUGUGGGGCAACCUUUAAUAAGUCUGGUUUCCUGAAACGACACGAACAGACGGCACACGCAAAGGCAAAAUCAUACAGCUGUGACCGCUGCGAUAAAGUCUUCACUACAUCUGGUAACCUUAAACAGCAUCAGAAGAGCAACACUUGUAUGAAGUAUCACUGCACGUCUGAGCUCUUCUCGUGCUCCUUCUGUCAGUUCUCCUUCACUAUGAAGAGCUACCUUAUUAAACACAUCAAGAGGCACCACCCUGUGGAGUAUCUGUCACACUGCGAUUCAGACAGCCUGAUGGGACAGCUGGAGGUGGAGGAGGAGGAGAAGGAAAAGGAGUUUGUUUGCCCUCAUUGCGGGAAGAGCUGUGCAAGCGCCAAAGCUUUCAAAUCUCACACGUGCUUCCAGCAGGUGAAGGUUCUGUUCCUGUGCACCGACUGCGGGAAAGGCUUCACCAACCACUACGGGCUGAAGCAGCAUCAGCGCAUUCACACGGGGGAGAAGCCAUACAGCUGCCCUCACUGCAGCAAGAGCUUCUCGUACACCGGCCAGCUCAACGUGCAUCUCAGGACUCACACCGGGGAGAAGCCAUACUUGUGCACCCACUGCGGGGAGAGCUUUCGGCAGUCGGGAGACCUGAAGCGACACGAGAGGAAGCACACGGGGGUGAGGCCCUACAGCUGCCCCGAGUGUUGUAAAAGCUUCAGCCGCCCGCAGAGUCUCAAAGCUCAUCAAAUGCUCCACCUGGGGCAGAGAAUGUUCAAAUGCACCCAGUGUGGAAAGAGCUUUUCAAGAAAUUAUCAUCUCAGGAGACACCAUCAGAAGAUGCACUUGUAAUUACAUCACAUCGUUAGGACUUCCAAUAGGCAAUAUACGAGAGAAUUUUUGAAUGUCCUGUACAUAACAUUAUUUAACCUUAUACUUAAGUUUGUUUAAAGAUAAAGCAUUUCAUAUCCAAAAAUAGGAUUUUUGUUUAAAAUUAUCUUUUUUUGUGAAAGAUUAUGUGAAAAAAUGUAAAGGAAGACGCAGUCACAUAAACAAAAGCUUAUUGUUUCACAACAACAGCUUGCUUUGAAAUUAAAACAACCAACUUGGCCGUCA